AUGGAUCCAGACGCCUUCACUGCAAGUUUGUUCAAAUGGGACCUACGAGGGCUGCCCGUCCCGCCGAACCGGGCACAGUUCGAGGCGGCGGCGGCGGCGGCAAUAGCUCCCCAACAAGCCGCGGCUGCGGGUUACUCAGUGAGGAUGCCGAGGGAGUUUGAGGGGCUGGAAGACAUGUUCCGGGCCUACGGAGUGAGGUACUACACCGCGGCGAGAAUAGCGGAGCUUGGGUUCACUGUGAGCACGCUUCUGAACAUGAAGGAUGAGGAGCUUGACGACAUGAUGAACAGCGUGUGUCAGUUUUUCCGGGUGGAGCUACUCGUCGGGGAGAGGUAUGGCAUCAAGGCUGCCGUCAGAGCUGAGAGGAGACGACUUGAGGAGCAGGACUCGCGGCGGCGCCACGCUCUCUUCGGCGACACAAACACUAUGGAUGCUCUCUCCCAAGAAGGGCUGUCGGAGGAGCCGGUGCAACAAGAGAAGGAGAUGGUGGGGAGUGGCGGAGGAGCAGCAUGGGAGGGGGUUGCAGCGGCGGAGAAGAGGAAGAAGCUGCGGAGGAUGAAGAGACGAGGAGGGCAUAGGAAUAGUAACGAGGAAAAAGAUGAUGACGAGGAUGAAGAGAACGGGGACGGCAUUAACGGAGGAGGAGGGGAGCACCCUGGUAGGGCUUUAGCAAUCAGGGGUGGUGGUGGGAGAGAGAGACAGAGGGAGCACCCCUUCAUCGUGACGGAGGCUGGGGAGGUGGCACGUGGCAAAAAGAACGGACUGGAUUACCUCUUCCAUCUCUACGACCAGUGUCAUCGGUUUUUGACCCAGGUCCAGAACAUUGCCAAGGAGCGCGGUGAAAAAUGUCCCACCAAGGUAACAAACCAGGUGUUCAGGUAUGCUAAAAAGGAAGGAGCAAACUACAUCAACAAGCCUAAAAUGCGGCACUACGUUCACUGCUACGCACUGCAUUGCCUGGACGAGGAGGGUUCGAAUGCGCUAAGGAGAGAAUGCAAGCUGAGAGGUGAGAACAUCGGGGCGUGGAGGCAGGCAUGUUACCAGCCGGUUGUGGAAAUAGCUGCAGCGCAAGGUUGGGACAUUGAUGCCAUCUUCAGUGCACAUCCUCAGCUAUCUGUUUGGUAUGUUCCUACCAAACUCCGCCAGCUUUGUCAUGCUGAACGCAACAAUGCAGCCGCCUCUAGCUCCGCCUCAGGUGGAAGCGGUACUGCUGAUCAGCUGCCCUACUGA